AUGGCGACAAAAGUGGUUUACAUUCGAGAAGACGUGGGAGUGGUUGAAAUCGUCGCCUUGAUCCUAUUAGCGCUGGUCGUGGUGUACUGCAUGCUGGGAGGAGGUUACAGCGCUACGGGAUUGCUGCGCGGGUGGAUUGGAAGAAGGACAAUCGCCAGAGCUGCUGCCGCCCAUCGUCGACAACAACUCGAAGCACAAGUACAAGCACAAGCACACGCACAUUCCGCCGCCAGUGCCAGGUCGCACCCGAACCCACGCUCCUUUUCCUCGCACGACGACCGUCUGCGCUCUCGCAACAUGCUCAGUGCUGCCGUCAACAGGCACAACGCCUCGAAUGCUGCCUCCAAGCCCCUCGAGCAGCUUUUCUCUUCUAGCCCUCCAGCGCAGCAGCAAUCCCAAAAGUCUUCCUGGUCUCGCAAAACCUUUGGCAAUACUGCCUCCUUUGACGAUGAACAGAAUCAGCCCGUCGUAUGCGCCGUUCCCGAAGUCACCAACAGCGAGUACUUUGAUGCCGAUGAUUUUGACGAUGACUUCGAUAUCGAUGAUUUGAUUGUCGAAGAGCCGAGGGCCAAGAAGCUUACUCCCAGAACCUCCAAAGACACCAUCUCGUAUCCUACCCUUCCCAAAAUUACCGCUCCGCAACACUCUGCCUUUCAUCCCACUCUGCCAAAACGCCAGGUUCGCGAUUCUGUCGUCACCGAUGAUUCCGGCUACGUCUCUACUGAGCAUACUCAGGAGCAGCCAGUCCAAAAGUUCGAAAGUAGUGCUCCUUUGCCCUGGUCCUCAUCGCCAACCGAACACUUGAACCCCUCGAUCAAUGCUUCCUCACUCAGCCGUUUUGCGUACAACACAAGUAAUGGCCCUGCCGCUCCUCGAAUACAGCCGACGUCUGCUUCUGUGAAGACCGAACCCGCAGCUGCUUCUAAGCGUAGAACAUUACCAUGGCUCAAGCAAGAGACAUCGCAACCAGAACAAGAUCUACAUUCAAUUCCUCCUUCAAAGAGACGCGUUGUCGAUUCGACACCUGUUCAGACAUCCAAGAAGAGCGCUCUUCCCUGGAACACGACCGCAAGUGCUAUCAAGGAGCAGAAGACUAGUCUCCGCGAGAUCAACAAGAAGAAGUCCAAGUUCAACGAGCCCUCCGACGAGGUCAUCCAGAAGGCAAAAGUCAGGAGUCGCAAGAACAUGGUGGCUCGUGUCUUUCUCAGUGACGAACAGCAACACGUCCUUGACUUGAUCUCUGAGAAGAAGAAGGCUGUUUUCUUCACUGGUGCUGCUGGUACUGGUAAAUCCGUCCUUCUACGCGAGAUCAUCGCGACCCUGCGCAAGAAGUAUCUACGCGAGCCCGAUCGUGUCGCUGUCACGGCUUCCACUGGUCUUGCUGCAUGUAACAUUGGUGGUGUUACGUUGCACAGCUUUGCUGGUAUCGGUCUUGGUAAAGAAGAUGUACCAGAGUUAGUCAAGAAAAUCAAACGCAACCAGAAGGCAAAGCACAGAUGGAUGCGCACAAAAGUCUUGGUCGUUGAUGAAAUUUCAAUGGUUGAUGGCGAUCUUUUCGACAAGCUUGAAGCUAUCGCUCGUCAGAUCAGAAACAACGGACGACCUUUCGGCGGUAUCCAGCUCGUCAUCACUGGCGACUUCUUCCAACUGCCUCCAGUACCAGACAGCGGCAAGAUCGCAAAAUUCGCGUUCGAUGCAGCCACAUGGUCGACCAGCAUCGAAUACACAAUUGGACUGCAUCACGUCUUUCGUCAGAAAGAUCCUGUGUUUGCAAACAUGCUCAAUGAGAUGAGAGAGGGACGCAUGAGUGCCGAAAGCAUCAAAACAUUCCACACACUUAGCCGGCCUUUGGAAUCUGAGAGUUCUAUCGACGCCACCGAGCUCUUCCCAACCAGAAAUGAGGUCGAGAAUGCCAACCAGAGCAAAAUGAGUCAGCUUGUUGGCGAGAUCAGGACAUUCGAGGCACGAGAUGGAGGCAGUAUUACUGACAAGACAUUCCGUGACAAGCUACUCGCCAACUGCAUGGCUCCUGAACUUAUCACACUCAAGAAGGGCGCCCAGGUCAUGCUUAUCAAGAAUAUCGAUGAGAGCUUGGUCAACGGUUCUUUGGGAAAGAUCAUCGGUUUCAUGAACGAGACACAGUUCGACUCUUACAAUAAUAAUGAAGAGGCAUUUGUGGCUACACAAGGUGGAACUCUUAAGGACGAAGACGCCAUAGGUGGCCGCGACAAGAAGAAGACAGCCCGUGAACGCAUCAUGGACAACCUGCUUGGUAGCACCUCACAGAUCUGGCCUGUGGUUCGCUUCACUCUUGCAGACGGCACAACCCGAGACUUGCUAUGUCAACGCGAAACCUGGAAGAUCGAGCUGCCAGACGGUGAAGUCCAAGCCUCGCGCGCACAGAUUCCUCUCAUUCUCGCUUGGGCAUUGAGUAUACACAAAGCUCAAGGCCAGACAUUGGACAGAGUGCUGCGCUUCGAUCCACGCAAGGUCGUUGCUCACGAGAAAGUUCGCACAUUCUACUCAAACCUUUCCCGGGUGGAAGGUUUGGAACAGAGCAAGCCCAAGGCUGAAAGAGGCAAGACCACCAGUCGUGGUAACGGUGUCACUGCUAACGAGUAUGAGCGCGGCUUCGCUGAUGGAAAGAUGUAA